AGGGGUCCCCUUGAUACUACAAAGGAAUUGUUAAGUUUUGCUAGACUCGAUAAUUAUAUUGUCUUUAAAAGUCUUUAUCUUUUAGAUAUAUUCUGAAGUACUCAUGGGAUUAAAUAUGAUUCUGGGAUUUGCUUCAACAUAAUUUGGGACGAGUGAGGAGUGGAAAGAAGUAGAGGUAAAAUAAGACUAGCCAUGAGCUGAUAACUGUUUGAAGAUGAGUAAGAGGUUUGUGUGGGUUCACAAUACCAUAUUAUUUUUGUAUACACUUGAAAGUGCCCGUAACAAAAAGUUAAAGCAAGGGUAUUCAUGAUUACAUAAUAUGAUCAUAUUUACAACAUAAAGGAUAAACUAUUAAGAUGGUAGGAACUGUUAGACUAGUCUAGAGAAUUCAGGCAGGAGGAGGAGCUCCCUGAGCUAAGACAGUGGUAGCAGAGAAAAGCACAGAUUAAAUCAAGGUUAUUUUCUUAGGUCAGUGGUCAGGUUUCAUGGACAUUCGAUGCAAAAUUUUUUACCCACUCUUUUUUUUAAAGAAAACUAGAAAAGGUUCCAUAGUGUUCAUCAUGUAUGCAAAGAGGAUUGUGAUCCAACAAAAAAAUUAAAAAUCACUGAAUUAGAACAUAUUUUAGGAUACUGAGGCUAGCACAUAGCCUCAUGGGUUACUGGAGUCCAGCUCUUUCCUGUUUUGGAGCUUCUGCUAAUGCUGUUCCUUCCAACUGUAAUGUACUUUGUAUGGCUAGGUAUUAUCCAUACUUCAGAUCUAAAACUAUACUUAUCCCCUAGAAAUUUUAUGAGAAUUUAAUGAGUUAAGACACAUACUGAGGCACUUAAAAUAAUGCUUGGCAUACAGAAAGUACUCAAUAAAUAUUAACCAUUAUCUGAAAGCUUUAUACAGGUUUUUGUGUAUAUUCCCAUCACCAUUUAUUCUCAGCAUCCUGUUAGAUUUGUCACUCACAGCAUUCUAUUAUUUCUAGAGUAUAAGCUCCAUGAGGACAAGGUCUUUGUUCAUAUAUCAUUAUAUAUCCAGCACCUGGCACAAAGGAGACUCAAAUACGUUCACUGAGUAAAUAAUUAUGCUACAAUCAAUAAAACUCAGAAGCUGAACAUAUACAGAUGGAAGAUCCACUAAACUCUCUAGCAUUUAGUGAUGGGAAGCAUGGUUAUAAGAUUAAAUGAAGACAAGGAAUACAGGAGAAUUAAAAGUUAAGUUUGUUUUUGUGGAGGAAAGAGGCCGGCACUGGAAAUGAAGUAAAUAAUGGAUGCACUGAAUUUGAGGUAGAAAAGUUAAACAGGAAGUUAGAAAUAUGUCCGAGACACCCAGAAGCCAAAAUGUAAGAACAUGGUCUCUAGAGGCAGCCUGCCUAGGUUUAAAUCCCAGCUCUGCUGCCUCCUACUUGCUUGAUCUUGGAGAGAUUACUUAACCUUUGGGCCUCAAUAUUCUCGUGUUCAAAAAAAAAAACUGUGCCAAAAGCACUGGAAUAACAAUAAAUGGUAGAUAUUACUAAAAUUAGGGCAUUUGUUGUUCAGUGGUAGAAUUCUCACCUUCCAUGUGGAAGACCUAGGUUUGAUUCCUAGCCAAUGCGCAUCACAUGCAGCCAUCACCCAGAUGUCUGUCAGUGGAAGCUUGUAUGCUGCUAUGAUGUUGAACCAGGGCUUUAAUCCAGUUCUUUCCAGUUCAAUCACGGCCAAGGAAAUGAGACCAGAAUAGCCCUAAAUUAUUAAAAAUUGGGUGAACCGGAACAGUAACAGGAGUGAGAAAAAUUACAGGUCAAAGCCCUGCCAGAAACCUAAUCUCCCCUUAGAAAACAAGGGCAGCGUAUGUGUUUCAUGGCAACCAAAUCUCUGGUCGGUCAGAUUUUAGCACAGUAGGGAACAGCCUUGGCCGGCUCAAAGAUGGCAGCGAGUGUGCAGCUUUGUAUUUGUGUCACUCUCUACAGUCCUGCCUGGUAAUCCAAUCUCACACAUCAGGCUCCUGAAAGGGCUCACUACACCUCUUCCAAGUCUCUCAUUUCCCCAUUGGGAUUACCGCUCCAGAGCAUCCAAACUGUGAAAAUUCCAGUCUCUUCCAGUUUCACUUUGUCAGCCAUGACAGAGCUGAUUCAAAGCCCUGGGCUGAACAGGUUUCAGCAGAGCUUCCAGACUAAGACAGACUAAGAAGAAAGACCUGGUGAUCUGCUUCCAAACAUUGACCAUUGAAAACCCUGUGGAUCACAACAGUCUGACCCCAUUGUAUGCAGGGUCCCCAUGAGUUGGGGGUCAACCUGAUGGCAGCUAACACAUUAUUAAGACAGUAAAUAGUGGCUGAAAAUCUGAUUUUGAGUAAAAUAGACAAUGAAAACAUAAAAAAAAAGAACCAGAACCCCAUUAGGAACAAAGGAGAGGAAAAAUACAAAGGAAAGUGUUAAGGGGACCAUGGGGAACACAGGAGGAAUAACAGAAUGAAAGCCAAACAAAAAAAAGGGGUUCCAAGGAAGAAAUAAGCAAUAGCAGAAAGUACUGGUUAAUUAAGUGCAUAUAGUCUGUAAAGAGGCCCAGGAUUUCACAAUUUAAGUCAAUCAUAAAAAAGGCAGUGUUCUAUAAAGUGUUCAGAAGGGAGUAAGGACAAGGGAGCAAAAUGGCUGACUAGAGUGGGAUUAUGGGGGGAAUGGAGGAAGAAAAAGAAUUUUAUAGCAGUGGUCCCUAGACUUUUGUUUUCAAGAACAUCAAAAAGAAACAGGGAGACUGACAUUUUAAGGUGGUAGACAUUUAAUUCUAUCAAAUUUUUUUUUAAGUUUAUACUCUAUUACGUAUCACAUCAUUUGAAACAGGAAACUAUGUAAGAACAAAAAUGUAUGAAAGCUAAAAAUCUUGGAAUAAAUGGAGAGCCUUUAUGAAAAACUUAACUAUUCUGUUCUUAUUUCUCAUGAUUUCGUUGUAGAUUCAUCAAAAUCUUGUCAUAAAAAAGGCACCGGGAUUUGCAAAUCACUGUUCUCAACUACCCUCUGAAAACUCUUGACAAUAAAAGGGAAGAGUUUGGGGGAAACAGAGUUAAAGUUUCCCUCUCUCUCUUAAAAAUGGAGAUAAGCAAAAUAUCUCCUAUUAACGUACGGAUCUUUAGGCAGCAACAACUGUCAUGUUAUGACCAACUGUACACCAGAGUGUGCAGACACAAGCACUAAUUAAACAUUUUACAUUUGCUUGAGAAUCAGUAGUUUUAGAAUAUAAACUCCUGGACUACAUUUUCCAUAUACUAUCUAUGUUAUAUUUUUAUAGUUGGCAAACAAGCACUUUGUGUAUACCAAAAGUGCAUUCAUUACAUACCAACUAUACGGAAAAAUACAAGGAUAUACUUGUCAUAUGCAUAAACUAGGCCUGGCACUUUAUGGAGCCUCAAUAAAACUUUGUCGAAAUGUAUUGAAGUGACACGUACCACAUAAUGCUACACACACAAUUAUAAGUCAGAUUUCAUUUCUAUAAAAAAAUGCUAAAAAGAUAGUAUGGCACAGUGGUUACAAGAGUGGUAAUAAGACCACAGGCUUUGGACUCAGACCUGGGUUCAAAUCUCAGCUGCAAUACUUCAUAGCUGAGCGACCUUUGGAAAGUUAUUUAACUUGUCUGAGUUUGUCUCAGGUAUUAAAUAGAGACAACACCUACCUCAUAAGGUUGUAAUGCGAUUAAAUGGCAGUUAUAAUUUUUAUAUAAUAUGAAUUGCUAAAAUUCCAGAAAUAGUCCAUUUUUUAAAGCCCUAGACCAAAUUAUCCAAAUCUCCGAAGGAUGAGGCAAAGGCCUAUAUAAAUUUUUCAAGUUCUACAAGUAAUUCUGAUUCCUGCUUAGGAACCACUGUCCUAGAGCCUUACUAACAACGCUUUACCUGAGACCAAGGUAAGAGAUGAAAGAGCUUUAAGACAUGAUCCUUUGGUUUAGUUUCAAGUUUCUAAGGCAGACCUUUACCCCAAAUUCCUCUUACAGAGAACAGAAUCAUACUGCAAAGUUCUAAUUUGAUAUCUUUUCCAAUGCCAGGGAAAAUAUGAUUCCAUGUUAAAAUUUUACAUAAAAAUUAGGUAUACCCUGACCUCUUCAUGUUCAUAAUAGUUACAAAAAUCGUACUUUAAAAAUAUGUGUAGAUGAACAGUGCCCCCAGAGCUCGAUACAAUACUGAAAUGUAAUCUGUCUUAUUUCUAUGUUGUCUUUCUUGAAAAUGAGUUUGUUUACAAUUAAAAUCCAUUGAUGCUUCACUUAAACCCUCUCAUAAUUUUUCAUCCAACACAUACUUUUUUAAAUAUGGAUCUCACAAACAAUCUUAAGGCAUCUAAAGCAAAUUCAAUAUACUAGAAGCACACUUGAAAUUCUAUUAAGUAAUCCAGUAAAACAUUUAAGAGAAAUAUAUAGCACAAAAACAGACAAACACAAUCAUUAACAUUUUAUUCCAAAAGAAUUUGUGAAAUAAUGAAAAUCCCUGGAAAAAAUUAAGUCUAGAAAUACUGUAAAACAUGUUCAAAACAAAUAAAAAAAGCUUAGGAUGGCUAUAUCCGAAGUAAAGUGCUAACAGUAGGUCAACUGAAAGAAAUCCAGGAAGAAUGCAAGCAACAGAAAUCUUCCUUAAAGGAUUUUUUUCUGUUGUUGCUGUUAAGGAGAGAAAUGCAAGGGCUAGGACAGACAAUAUAGGUUUCACUAAUUUAUGGGUUUUAUUAAUUUAAACACACAAGUAAGAAUAUUUUCCCAACUACUUACAUUAGUGAAGCUUAUGAGUGACUAAUGCAACUGCUAACUUGUAAAGUGUUAAAAUCCAAACUUGCAUAUAACAGUACAGAAGUUAUAAACACUACAUCAGGGACAGGUCAAGUGUUAUUCAGUGAGGAGAAGCCUCAAUGCAUUUGUAAAUACAGUUUAAAACAUUUUAAUAAAGCUUUAUUAAUCUCACUCUACCCACACAGAAAAUUAAUUUCAAGCAUGGUGUAAUAGGAAGUUUUAUACUGAGCGCUCUAUAAAUCCCAAGUAUUUUUAAGCUGACUAUACACAAUUAAAAAGAAACAAUAAUUGUUACUUAAGCUUUCUGAAAGUUAAAAGCCCAGUAGUUUACCAAAACACAAUUCUAAAACACUGAAUUGACUAACAGAUGCUAGUCUAUAAUUAAUUUUGACGAAGUGUCAAAAUAUAUCAGGAUUCUUUUUAAAAAUUUAACUUUACUCAUUUUGUGGAGUUCAAAUGCAAGUUUACAAGUUCAAAGUUUAAACAGAAGAAAUUCAUAUCUGAGACCACUCUUUCAAAGUUAAUCCAAUCUUCCAUCUUUCAACACAUUUUCCUAACUCUUCACCAUAAGCAUAUAUGACAUACAUGACAGCAAACACUACUGCUUUACAUCCUAAACAUAUACUAGUCUGAAGACAAGUGGAACACUACGUAGGUGCAUGCUUUUUUAUUCUAAACCUACUUUUGCCUGAAAAGGGAUUUAAAAAUAAACACAAAUACCCAAAAAAGUUGAACAAUCCUUUCAAAAAGAUGCAGCAAUUCUAUAAUCCAAGAUAUGGGCCCUUAAACUACCAACACCUCCCAAAAGUUAGGUUAAGGCAUCCAAGCGCACCCAAAGGCUCACCUUAAUAGGAACGAGUCUAGCUCAGUUAUGAGGAUGAUGGGUUCUGAGCACAUUUAACUUUGCUUCCCUUAGGUGAGUUAGUAACAUGAGAAAAGCACGUUUUACUUCAAGCUAAUACUAAAUCUUUUCUCAGCCUUUCAUAAAUACAGCACAGAUAGUCUGGUUUGGCUUUUUUAUGGGUAAAGAAGGGGAGGUGUCUGGUGAAGGAAAUGCUAAAAAGAAAAAUGCAGUUCUGAGAACAGUAAGCGUUGAUGAAUCACUAAGUAAGGAAGAACUGCAAAGAAUCCAAUUCAAUAAGGCAACAUCCCAGGUUCCGGUUACAACCACCUUUUGCCAUAACUUUUAAACUAUAUUUGGAAAAGUAUUGGCCAGGAAAAAAAAUGAUAAAAUUUUUCCUCAUGGUAAAUAAACAAGGGCAGACCCGACUUUCUAAGUACUAUGAACACUUGGAGAUUAAGAAGCGCACACUUCUGGAAUCAGAAGUCAUAAAGAGCUGUCUCUCUCGAUCUAAUGAACAAUGCUCUUUCGUUGAAUAUAAGGACUUCAAGCUGAUAUAUCGGCAGUAUGCAGCUCUCUUCAUUGUGGUUGGAGUUAAUGACACUGAGAACGAGAUGGCUAUUUAUGAAUUCAUCCAUAACUUUGUGGAAGUUCUAGAUGAGUACUUCAGCCGAGUGAGUGAAUUAGAUAUAAUGUUUAAUUUAGAUAAAGUACACAUAAUUUUGGAUGAGAUGGUGCUAAAUGGCUGUAUUGUGGAAACUAACCGAGCAAGAAUUCUUGCCCCUCUACUAAUUCUUGAUAAGACAUCAGAAAGCUGAAAAAUGGAAGAGGCCCGCUAGACAACACCUGAUUUACAGGAAAUGUGAACACCAUGGAAUACCUCUCAACAUCUGAAGCCCAAAAGAAUCCGGAAGACCACACAUUGCAAAACAGGGUAUCCUUGCAAAGACAUUAUAAUUAUAAAUAGGUGUUUUCCACAGAUCCUAAAUGGAAAACAAAACUGUAUUUUAAAAUAUAAUGUACAAAGAAUAAUCCAAACUGAGAAACAAGUUUUAUUUUCUAACUUUUUAAAACACUUUUUCCCAUUGCUUCAAAUUUUGUUGAGUAUCAGAGGAACCCUUUUUGGUCUCUGCUUCCUUUUGCAAAUUAAAUCAAGAAAUAGGAAGAGCAUAGGAGGAAUGUGUGGCAGCUCUCUAUCAAUCAGCCUUUUAAAACUGACUUAAUCACAUACAGCAUUUUGAAUAACAUUGUUUUCUGAAUGCCUUCUCUUUCCUAAGAAAGUCUUAAAAUUUACAUUUUUAAAAUUUUCUGUAUCGUCUACUUAAUGAAGAUGGCAGAAUUAAAUUUUAUUUGCCAGCUUCUAAAUACAUCUGCCAUCCAUUUUAAGGGGACUCAGCAAUUACAAUGCUAUCAUAUAAUUAACUCUAUAAAAAUGUUACUAUCAAAUAAUGGAUGAGUAAACAUUAAAAGAGAACCCUUACAAUUAUUCUUUAUGUCGAAUUCUGAAGGGUUUUACCCUUUCUAUAUGCUUUUGCUGCUCAGUCAACAGUAGGACAUACAGAACUGCCUUAGAUAAAAGCAUGUAUAUGUAGGGGUGGGAGGGCAGGUGCAAUGGAGGAAGUGGAAGUGUAUUGUCUUGGUACAUUAAGAUAUUCUGCCAUCCUAUGGAAUUUCCAAGAGUCCUUUACUCUACACCUUAGCCUCCCAAAGAGACAUUUUAAGCACUGACAUUUCAUUUAGCACUGUAUUUGCUUUCUCUGUCUCUCAAUCUCUCGUGUGUGUGUAGGGACAUUUUGUGUUUUACUUUCUUUUUUCUAAAAAUCUAUUUACAUAUUUCAAAGUCUGCAUCCAUGAAGACCCAGGUAACAAGUCAUAGUGAAUUCCAAAAGCAAACCUGAGUUGUUCUGGACUCAUUCAGGAAGGUAGAGGAAAGGCUUCUGACCUGUGGGGACAGUGAGUGGUGUGUGUGUAUCAGUGUACCUUUGUAUUAAGCAGCCAAGGUUCUAGGAGAAGCCCAGUCUAGAUCAAAAUACUUUGGAGGUCUUUCUGAGACAUACUAGUUGGGAAACACUGUCCUGGUUGGUAGAAACUUAAUCAGGUAACAGCUGAAACUGGUACACCAGAAGUGGCUAGGGAGUGAACAAAAUUAAUUUUUGGGUCACACCAAAAUAGUAGUUGAAUUACAUCUUGGCACAGAUUUUAGUACCUUGAGAGUACAAUAACAGAUUAAAAAAAUAUUAGGUAGACACCACAGAAAAAAUUCUCAAAAACUUAGUAUAUAUAUGGAGACCCCAGUAGAUGUCCUGUAAGACAAACUGUAAUGUGACUAUCUGUUCUACAGACUGUUUCAUCAUCUCAUUAAGUGAUGAUUUCACAUUCAGGAAAUUUAAGUCUCAGAUUGGCCAGCUUUAUCUUACUCUUAGAUUUGAAGAUUCCUGACAUUGUAAACUGUUUCUGUCUUUAUAGGGCUGAUCAAUUUACCUGCUCUAGUAACUUGUUAGACCAGACGUCAACAAACUUUUCCUGUAAAGGGCCAGACAAUAACUAUUUUAGGCUUUGUGGGCCACAUGGUCUCUAACUACUCAAUUCUGUCCUUGUAGUGCAGGAGCAACCACAUAUAAUAUAUAAAUUAAAGAGCUUGGCUGUGUUCUAAAAAACAUUAUUUAUGGGCACUGAAAUUUAAAUUUCACAGAAUUUCACAUCAUGAAAUAGUCUUGAUUUUUUUUUUCCCCAACUAUUUACCAAUUUUAAAAUCACGCUUAGCUUGUGGGCCAUAUGAAAACAGGCAAUGGGCCAUAGUUUGCCAACCCCUGUGCCGGUAUAAGCUGGCUUUUGACAGACUUUUAGAGACUGUAACAAUGGCAAUACUAUAACAUAUAUAUGGAUUUUAAUUCUAACAUUAGUAUAAAGUUUUGGUCAUGCAUCAAUGACAUGCCUGAGACAACCAUCACCACUAUUUUUUGGAUUAAAGCAUAGGUCAUACAUUUCAAUACUAUUAUGUUUUAUUUUAACUUUUAUUCUCACAGAGAACUGUGAAGCUGACAAUGAAGUGAAAUAUUUAAAUGCUGCCUCUGGUUACACAGUCACAACAUUCUCAUGGCAGCAAAUAAAAACAAUACUCAAAUCAUUGAUUAUAGUGGGAGAUACCUCUUCUAAUGUAGAAAGGGAACAUACCUUUUAAACAGGUAAAUAAUGGGCAAUUUCAAAACAUGCUUUGGCUCCUAAAAAAGCCAUUUGGCUUAAUCAGGUCUAGUGCCAUUUCUUCCACCUAUAUGCACAGAUGUGGUAAUCACAGGAAUUUGGAAAAUAUAAAUACAGCUCCUUCUUUUCCUGGUUGUUUCUUUUCACAUUAACACAACAUUCAAAAAGUCAUUCUGGAUCUUAGACUUUCAUAUCCUGCAGAUACAAUGGUAAGCAGUGGAUCUGGUUUUUAAAAAGUUAACACAAAUAACUUGGCUGUUUCUAGCUGAAGAAUGCUUUAAGACUGAACACGACAGAUCACAGUUAAGCACAGAACAUACAUUUCUUUUAAGC